UUUUACAACAAUUUUUGUGUUAUCAAUGCUGCUGGUCACAUGACAAGUUUAUCAGCAACACUCCCCUGAUCUUUAUUAUCAGUGUUUUAUACUUUACUGCUGAUAAAUGUCCCUCUCCUUCUUUGAUGCAGAUGACACCGGGUGAGCUGAAGUUUUCUGCCCAUGUGGAAUCUGUUUUGAAUCGUGUGCCUCAGCCAGAGUACCGCCAGCUCCUAGUGGAAGCUAUUUUGGUGCUGACCAUGCUUGCUGAUGUAGAUAUCCAGAGUGUUGGGGGUAUCAUCCACGUGGAAAAGAUUGUGCAUAUUGCAAAUGAACUGUUCUGUCAGGAGCAGGUACCAUACCAGAUGACAGCGAGAAACCGGAAAUAAGAAGCCUAGCCGAAACUGAACUAAGCUCUCUCUGUACCCGAGGGUGUAUUCCAUCUGCUGCCUUGUUAACACAAAGUUUGAGUAACCCUUUAUGGACCAUAUCCUGUGUCAACUACUGACUAGACUGAGAUGAGCCAUCUGUGCCCCUAUUGGGCAGGUCUUGAAACUCUUGACUCCUCAGUAGUAUACACUGAAGAUAAGAAUUAGCACAUCUGCCUUUGCUGUAUUCUUUCUAACUCCAUUAUUUCCAUUAUUUAAUAAAGCUACACUCAGAACCCAAAUCUUUUUAAUAUUAA